GUUCAUCAAAACAGUUUUAAAAUGGCGCUAUCCAAAAUUGAUACCGAAAUGGAUCAAGAGAAAUAUUUACGUGAGGCUACGCAUCAUUUUCGUGGCAUUGAGAAACCGUUAAAAUUUGGACCAGUCAUACAAACAUUACAAGAUCUGAUAGACGCACUGCAUCAUGAGUUCUCAACUAAUUAUGUUAAUAUUGAAAUGGUUAAUCAUUUAAUGCUCUCUUAUCAAUCGAAACCAAGAGAAUGGAAGAAAUUCGCAAAGUUCGAUCGUUAUAAAUAUACAAGAAAUCUAGUUGAUGCUGGUAAUGGUAAAUUCAACUUGAUGAUAUUGUGCUGGGGUGAAGGACAUAGCUCAGCUAUACAUGAUCAUGCCGAUUCGCAUUGUUUUAUGAAAAUGUUAAAAGGGGAAUUGAAAGAGACCCGUUAUGAAAUGCCUAAAACCGUACAUACAUCAACUACAAUUGAAGCUGAUAUUGGCAGAAAUAUUGAAGAUGAAGAACAUGAUGAAUUUGACAGUGCAGAAUUACAGGAGACUGGACAUAGUCAGAUAUUAACAAAUGAUGUUGCUUAUAUAAAUGAUAAUUUGGGUUUACAUCGCGUUGAAAAUCCCAGUCAUUCCGACACAUCAGUUUCUUUGCAUUUAUAUUGUCCACCAUUCAACUCAUGUUCAGUGUUUCAUAAAAAUUCUGGAAAGAAAAUAUCCUGUUCUGUUACAUUCUGGAGUAAAUAUGGUGUACGACAGAAUAAUCAAGAGUAAAUAAGAAGAAGAGAAUCCAAAGUUGUAGCAGUUAAGUCAACCUGUUUUUUGUUUGUUUUUCACAUCGAAAAUCAUUUUACUUAACAUUUAAGUUUAGUUUUUUUGUAUUAAUAUAUAAAUUAUGUAUAUUUAAUGUGUAUAUGUAUGUAAAUAACGA